GGGCGGUAUUUGAGAGCGGCGCGGCGCCGGGGCGCAGAGCGCGCGGGGCGCCGAGCGGAGCGGAGCGGGCUGAGGCAGCGCGGCCGGGCCUCCUCACACCUCCUUCUCCUCGGUGCCGUGCCUCGCCCUCCCGGGGUGGCCCUGUCACUGUGAAGGUUCACCAUGUCUGACAGAAAGGCUGUGAUCAAGAAUGCGGACAUGUCCGAGGACAUGCAGCAGGACGCUGUAGACUGUGCUACACAGGCCAUGGAGAAGUACAACAUAGAAAAGGACAUUGCAGCAUAUAUCAAGAAGGAAUUUGACAAGAAAUACAACCCAACUUGGCACUGCAUUGUUGGCAGAAACUUUGGCAGCUAUGUAACACACGAGACAAAGCACUUCAUCUAUUUUUACUUGGGUCAGGUUGCAAUUCUUCUCUUCAAGUCUGGAUAGGAAGUAGGAGCGAUUGAAAUUUGGACUGUAAUGCACUGAUGGCUGAAGCCACGACUCCCUCUAACAUGGCUAUGCCGCUGCAUGGACUGUAUACUAUAUUUAAUGUGUAUAUGUUGCAGUAAAAAUCUACUUCUGUUUAGUUGCCUGGGAAGAAGGCGGCAUUUUUUUGUUACUGCUUUUUUUGGUUGUAUUGCACUAGGAAACCUGUAAAUGCUUAAACAAUGGCCUUUACGUGGGAAGAAAUAAAACUAUUCCACAACAGCUCCCUCACUGGUAACUCCUUCUUUGAGGCUGGGAAAACUUUUUUGGGCAGGCCAAAAGCCCCAGACUUCCUUACUGAGUCCUGUUAGACUGUUAAUCUUGCAAAGAGGAGCAAAGCCAGUGUGAGCCUCUGUCCCACCCUGCAGACUGUAGAGAGCUGGCUCUCCCAGUACCCUCGGGGCAGGUCUUAGACCUGCCCUGAAAGCUGGUGGGGUGGCUCUGGGUGACGUGGCUUCCACACCCAAGGUGAUCUCCACCUUUGACUGUGAUACAGGCUUGCAGCUGGCACCCCUCGGUGUUCUUGCUCAGUGCCCUUCGCUGUAUUUUUGGCUCUGCUGAAACAUUGACCUAGACUCGAGUAAGCAAUUCAGCGCGGUCUAGAAGGCUUCAAAUGCAGCCCCUGAGUUCCUGCUUGUUGCAGAAAGCAGCAAUCCUGUGGCUGAAGUCUUCAGACCCCGAUACUGAGUCUAAAGCCACGUGGCCCGGCCCCGCAAUGGAGCAGGAUAUCAAAUUGGUGACUACUGACAACAGCUCUAUUCGGCAUGUUUGUAGCCAGUUGUCUCAACACUGCCUUAACUUGAUGCUCUCCUUAAAGCAAGCUAGUCGUGUGGAAGACUUGUAAGUGGCCACUGUCUCUUUUUUUUUUCUUUUUUUCUUUUAUUUUAUUUUCUGUAGCUAAUAAGCUAUUUCCGGAGGAUUGUCCUCUAUGUUCUGAUAUCUGCUUUUGUUCUUAAAGCACAGUACCAAGAAGUUAAAUUUACAUGUGAUGUUUGUGUGAAGGAAACUCAUGUGACAUCUGCUUCAAAGGCAGACAAAUGUCUUGGUCUCCAAUAGGUUCAGCAGUGAUGUUGUCUUAGUACGUACUGACUCGGGAUUACACUGCAGGAAGUUCUGACCUGGGUGUGCAGAAAUGCUGUGCGAUGGCAAAUAAAUCCCUGGUGCUUGUUAUAAGCUCUAAUUAUUGGUUUGCUGACUAAUGCACUGGCAAUACCACUGGGCUGGUGAGCCCAGCUUGUGUCUCUGAGAUUAAUUUGGUGUUGGGAAUAAAUCAUUGCUGGGGGCAAAGGGCAGAGUGAAGGGAGCUCUUGGUGAAAUGAUUUGGUGACCCAGGUUGAUGACUUCCUGAAGUAAAAGUCCUUCUUGUCUCUGUGCAAAAUCCAAAGUAUGCCUAAUUUUGUAUUAUGGAUAGAACAAUGUUGUAACUAGAAAGAAUGUAGCUGUCAUAAGUUCAUGUCGAUGGAACUGUCUGCACUGGGAUAAUGUGCCUUGGACUGUCUGGGGCACUCGUGUGGUCUUGUCUCUUCAGAACUCCACUCUGGGUCUGAAAGGAGAAUGUUUUGGGUUUGUUUUUUUCCAAGCAUGAGUCUAAUGUGAAUCUGUUCACGGUCUCUCGUGGAGCAAGAUCUGUUCCCUUCAUAACUGCAAUUGCUCAAAUACCAUUUAUUUUUUUUUUUCAAACAUUAAAGGUGAAUUGACACAUUUAAA